AUGAACUCAAACAGAUCAAGAUAUCGAACAAUACUUAACUCAACUGUGCUCGACUACUACAUCGUAUUCGAUACAGACAUGCACGUGUGGGACGCGAUAACAGAGGUGCGAGCAAAAGAGUAUACAAGUAUGCAAGUAUGGGAUUCCAUCAGUGCCGGUUCAAUUGAAUUUUCCGCCAAACAAGUGGGAUAUCCUUAUUUGGGCACCCUGGUGGAGAAUGAUCUGGUCCAAUCAGCGCUCUUGGACCAAAUCAAACAGUAUAGUCAUGUUACAACCGAGUACAAUUCUCGGGUGGAGUCGUUCGAUUGG